CGCCCGGCAAACACGUGCGCGCGCGCGCUCGCUUCGGCCGCCCGAAGCUCUUUUGAUCCUCUCUGGGUCCCGUCGCGACCAACUUCAUGCUACCAGCACGCAGGUGUUUUAGGGGUGGGAGAAGGGAGCUCCGAAGUGGCGGAAGGGGGAGAAACGUAGAAGACGAGGGCCUCUCAUUGGUGGAAGCGGAGGCCCUUCCCAAAGCCCAUUGGCUGCUCUGGAAGGGGCGGGGAAAAGAGGAGUUGUGCCUCUUCAUUGGUCAGAGUGCGGGCCCGCUCCGUGAGCUCAUUGGUUGGUCCCCGUGAGGGCGGGUCGAACCGGGCGGGGCUUGGAGGCGGCGGCGGUAGCGUCCGAGCAAGAUGGCGGCCUCGGUGGCGGCGGUGGCGCUGCCCUCACGCCUGCUGAGCGGGCACUGGCUGCGGCUGCGGUUGCGGCUGCGGCCCCAGCUCGGGCUCGUGCCCUGGCCCCGGUCCUUGUGCGCGCGGAUGGUGACCGCGCCGCGCGGCCCAGGACAGAGCCAUAUCCAAGACUUGCCGUUGCCCACACACCGGAAGCAGCAGCAGCAGAAGCCGGGCCCCAGCUACGCCAAGAGGCUGGCCAUCUGGGUGGCCGGGUUCCUCGGGGCCGGGGGGGCCAUCAGCAUCAUUUAUGUCUUCGGAAACAACUCGGUGGAUGAGAACGGCAAAAAGAUUCCGGAUGAGUUUGACAAUGAUCCCGUGCUGGUUCAGCAGCUCCGAAGGACGUACAAGUAUUUUAAGGAUUAUCGACAGAUGAUCAUUGAGCCUACUAGCCCCUGCCUCCUGCCGGACCCUCUUCGAGAGCCAUAUUACCAGCCUCCAUACACGCUUGUUCUGGAGCUGACGGGGGUCCUGCUACACCCCGAGUGGUCGUUGGCCACCGGUUGGCGGUUCAAGAAGCGUCCGGGCAUCGAGACCCUGUUUCAGCAGCUGGCCCCACUGUACGAGAUUGUGAUCUUCACCUCCGAGACUGGCAUGACAGCAUUUCCCCUCAUUGACAGUGUGGACCCCCACGGCUUUAUCUCCUACCGCCUCUUCCGGGACGCCACUCGCUACAUGGAUGGGCACCAUAUCAAGGACAUCUCCUGCCUGAACAGAGACCCAGCCCGCGUGGUUGUGGUCGACUGUAAGAAGGAGGCUUUCCGGCUUCAGCCCAACAACGGCGUGGCCCUGCGGCCCUGGGACGGGAACUCUGACGACCGGACCCUGCUCGACCUCUCUGCCUUCCUCAAGACCAUCGCUCUAAAUGGUGUGGAGGACGUCCGGACGGUCCUAGAAAACUAUGCCCUGGAGGACGACCCGCUGGAGGCCUUCAAGCAGCGGCAGUCUCGGUUGGAGCAGGAGGAGCAGCAGCGCAUGGCUGACCUGGCCAAGAGCACCAAACAGAGCCUUUUCUUUAGUUCUCUCACCAGCCGCCUCUGGCCCCGAUCCAAGCAGCCCUGACCACCUCUGUCCUUGCCUCCCUGGCCCUGGGGGCCCCCUGCCCCUCCCCUGGGACACGUUCAGCCUGACAAUAAAGUCUGUCCUGGAGCCA